GACAUAAUAUUAAUUAUUAUUCAAAAUUUUAUGUGGAUACAUUGGCCGGAGCUGUGAUUUUCGUCUACUCUCUCUCUCUCUCUCUCUCUCUGGCAUCUCAACUCAAAUCUAUCCACCCCUAUUAUUAUUAACCGUCUUCCUCAAAUUCAACUUCAUCUCUAAUCUCCAGAUCUGCAACUAGAUUUCACUCAAAUUCCAACACCUUCAACACCACAAGCUAUCAAUUUCCGGAUGCCGGAAUUAGGUUUAGUUUGUUGAACUUGUAUGUUUACGUGAUCUGCUGCUAGCUAGAUUUCGUUCAAUCCGAACAGUUUCAACUUUCAACGCCACAAGUUAUUGAUUUCCGGAUGCCGGAAUUAGGUUUGAAAUUGUAUGUUUACGUGAUAUAGCCCGAGCCUGAGGCUCGGGAUUCGGAAUAAUGACUUCGGACGAGCUACCUGAUUGGAUCACUGAGGUUCCGAAAGUUAAGAAUGCUUAUUUGCAGAAGUUCAGACUCUACGAGACUCGCUCUAACUUUUAUAUGAUCGGACGUAGUAAAAACAGAUCAGCUUGGAGAGUGUUAAAGAUCGACAGGUCAGAACCUACCGAGUUAAAUAUUACUGAAGAUCCCACAACGUACACUGAAACUGAAUGCUGUGAACUUCUAAAGCGUAUUCAUGAUGGAAAUAAGUCCACAGGGGGGCUUAGAUUUGUUUGCACUUGUUAUGGGAUUGUUGGAUUCAUAAAGUUUUUGGGACCUUAUUACAUGCUGCUUAUUACAAAAAGAAGGAAAAUUGGUGUAAUCUGUGGUCAUGCAAUUUAUGCAAUUACUAAGAGCGAGAUUCUACCAAUUCCCAAUACUACUGUCCAACCUAGUGUGGCUUACUCUAAGAAUGAAAACAGAUACAAGAAGCUCCUAUGCUCGGUGGAUCUGACAAAGGACUUCUAUUUCAGCUAUUCAUACCGUAUUAUGCAUAGUUUUCAGAAGAAUUUAUCUCCCCAUGAGGCUGGAAAUGAAACAAUGUUUGUUUGGAAUGAGUUUUUAACUAGCACAAUCCACAAUCAACUGCGGAAUAAUCUCUGGACAGUACAACUUGUUUAUGGCCACUUUAAACAGGUCAAACUUUCAAUAGGCGAAAAGGACUUCUGGUUGACACUCAUUGCUAGACGGUCGCGCCAUUAUGCUGGAACCAGAUAUCUAAAAAGAGGGGUAAAUGAGAAAGGUCGUGUUGCGAAUGAUGUUGAAACAGAACAGAUUGUAUUUGAAGAUGUUCCUGAAGGAUAUCCUGUGCAAAUAAGUUCUGUUGUUCAAAAUCGGGGUUCAAUACCCUUGUUUUGGUCUCAAGAAACUUCAAGAUUAAAUAUUAAACCGGAUAUCAUAUUGUCAAAGAAGGACCAAAAGUACGAUGCCACCAAACUUCACUUCGAGAAUCUUACCAAGAGAUAUGGAAAUCCAAUAAUUAUAUUGAAUUUGAUUAAGACCAAAGAAAAGAAACCUCGAGAAUCUCUUCUUCGUGUAGAGUUUGCUCAUGCUAUUGAGUUAAUUAAUAAAGAUUUGCCUGAGGAAAACCGUUUGAAGUUUCUUCAUUGGGAUUUAAACAAAUAUUCCAGAAACAAAUCUACGAAUGUAUUGGCACUUUUGGGCAAAGUAGCCACUUAUGCAUUGAAUCUAACUGGCUUCUUCUAUUGUCAAGUAGUCCCAAAUUCAAAGUCUCAAGAGCUUUUAAACUGUUCCAGGGAUGGUAAUAACAGCAAUGGUGACAACUUUAGUUUCAAGCCUCCUAAAUAUCAAACAGGGGUGCUUAGAACAAACUGCAUAGACUGUUUGGAUCGUACGAAUGUUGCUCAAUUUGCAUAUGGUUGGGCUGCACUAGCUCGUCAAUUGCACACUAUAGGUUAUAUAGAUACUCCUGUUAUUGAGCUGGAUUCCACUUUAGCAGAUGAUUUAAUGAGGAGUUAUGAGAAAAUGGGUGACACCUUGGCACUACAAUACGGUGGUUCUGCAGCCCACAAUAAGAUAUUUUGUCAAAGAAGAGGCCAAUGGAAAGCUGCAACCCAGUCUCAGGAAUUCUUUAGAACUCUACAACGUUAUUACAGUAAUGCAUACAUGGAUGCCGAAAAGCAGGAUGCCAUUAAUGUGUUCCUGGGUCACUAUCAGCCCCAAAUCGGUAGACCCGCACUGUGGGAGUUGGAUUCAGAUCAACAUUUCAAUGUUGGUGGUCAAGGUUCUAACUUGUCAGUUGAAAGAGCUAGGCUUAUUAAAAGGUCAUUGUCGGUAGGCAACUUUCUUUAUGAUGACAACAUAAUCCGUGAUGCAAAUUCUGCUAUCGGAACCACUCAAAAUAUUGAAGAAUCCUUACCCGAAAUCUCUUCUGAAAGUGAUUCAUCUUAUCCAAGGUAUACAAACUCAACAUCUCCUGAAGAAUCCCCCAACAGUGACGGGGCAUUUUACAGAAAAGAUUCUUUCAACUGCUCGAAUUUUCUUGAUGUUGAUUGGCUUUCAUCGUCUGGAAAUUCAUGUGAAGACGAAACAUAUGAAAGGUCAACACUAGUAGGCUCUCCGAUGGGCGGUCAGUCAUCUGAUAAUGUUGUAAAUGAAAUGUGCACUUUCGCUAGUGAUUCUGAGAUAUGUACUAAUGUUAAGGAAUCUAGAAGCCCGAUUGUGGGCGGGUUUUCAGAUAGAUUUGCAGAAUGGGUGACCAAUGGGGAUAUCAUGUUCCCUUGAUCAGUUUUGUCAACAAAACCUAAAAAGAAAAACAAAAAGAAAAAAGAAAAAGUCUUACCCAAAAGCCAUUGAAUUGAGUCAUCCCCUCGAAACGAUGUGGGUUGCAAAGAAGAAAUAAAUGGUAAGAGAAUAACUUUAGAGGAAAGGAAAAGAAAAGAAAUGAAGUACCUGCACUAUGCUAACCAUUGUAAAAAUGUUAUAUUAUAUGUAUGUAUGUAUAUAUGCAUAUAUAUACAUGUUAAAAGCGUACAUUAAACGAUAAAAAAACCUAGUACAAAGAGUAAAAAUACUACAGUUGGUUCUCUCAAAUUCAAUCUUUGUAAAUAAUUUUGGUGGUAUUUUUUUUUUAAUUUAGUCAGACUGGAGAUUCA